GAAGUCUAUUAAUCAAAAUGGUGAUAUUAUUGGCAAAUGAGCACACACAAUUGAUUUGUAUGAAAGUAAUAACCACUUGCCUUGUACGGUGAUUUACAAGAAUUUAUACUCUUCCAUUUGUGUAUCAACAAUUAACUUCCUUUCAUCAGACACUUUUCCUUCCAUCUUUUUUGCACAUUUUCACAAUCUCUACAAUAUUAUUGAAAAAAGGCUUCAAUUAUUUUCUUUUUCUUUCUACCUCCAAUAUAAGAGACACCAAAGAGUAAAUAUCAUCUUGAUCAGUCUUUGUAAAUAACAUAUCUUUUCCUUUACAUGAUUAAAUGUAACUGAACUAAACAGGGAAACAACCAGCCAUCACCAAUUAUCACCAAGUGCUAUUCAUUCAAUUAUGAUUAAAUUAAUUUAACUGUGGCUGUUAUUGAGUCCAUUAAAAUUUUUGGAUUACAUCUUACCCACUCCAUUGGAGAUCUUGGUUUAUUUUAUUUGUUAUCAUUUUAGUGUUCUCUGAAGGACCAUAUAAAUAUAUCUUCAAAAAUCAUUUCAACACUCAUACUUCAACAUGGCCAAAGCUGGACAAGGACAAACUUUGAAUGAUAGGUUAAAUGCAGCCAGAUAUGCUCUUGCUGGUCAAGGAUUAGCUCGAGUUGUGUGUAAAGCGACUACAGAAGAAGUUAUCGGACCCAAAAAGAAGCAUUUAGACUAUUUACUGCAAUGCACCCAUGAACCUAAUGUAUCAAUACCACAAUUGGCAAAUCUUCUUAUUGAACGGACAAAUCAUAGCUCUUGGGUCGUCGUUUUCAAAGCUUUAAUCACUGUACAUUAUCUUAUGUGUUAUGGAAAUGAGCGUUUUACUCAGUACUUAGCGUCUAGUAACUGUACCUUCCAGUUAAAUAAUUUCCUUGACAGAAGUAAUCUUAAAGGUUAUGAUAUGUCAACUUAUAUCAAGAGAUAUUCCAAGUAUAUUAACGAGAAAGCUUUAUCUUACCGAACUGUUGCAUUUGAUUUUGCCAAAAUCAAGCGAGGAAAAGAAGAUGGUUUCCUCAGAACUAUGCCUUCGGAGAAGCUUUUGAAAACAUUAGUUGUACUGCAAAGUCAAAUCGAUGCUCUUCUUGAAUUUGAUUGUCCAGCCAAUCAUUUAACCAAUGGAGUCAUAAAUGCUGCUUUCAUGCUUCUAUUUAGAGAUCUGAUAAGAUUAUUUGCUUGCUAUAAUGAUGGUAUAAUCAAUUUAUUGGAAAAAUUUUUCGACAUGAACAAAAAACAAUGUCGAGAUGCUCUAGAGAUUUACAAAAAGUUUCUCGUUCGAAUGGACCGAGUUGCUGAAUUUUUGAAAGUUGCAGAAAAUGUGGGCAUCGAUAAAGGUGAGAUUCCAGAUUUAACCAAGGCACCUUCAUCAUUAUUGGAAGCCCUUGAACAACAUUUAUUGGCUUUAGAGGGCAAUAAGAAAGGCAACAAGAGCUCCAAAGAUGCUCAGCCAACUUCCCAGGGAGCCAACUCUCCUGUUACUUUGACUGCUGAACCACCAACUGAAGUAGUUAAAGAUCAACUGAAAAAGGCUCUUGAAGAAGAAGCACAGCUUCUUAAUCAAUUAAAAACGUCUGUUCAAUUCCAGGAGAAACAUGUUCAAGAUCAGACAAAAAAAUCGUAUAAUCCAUUUCUCAGUUCACCCACUGAAGCGAAGUCUGAGAGUACGUCUUCACCAUCUAAAUUAUCAACCGACAUCUUGGACAUAUUUGGAACCAAUGAAACUAGCGCAACAACAACGACUGUACCAAGCACUACUACUGUUCCAAGUAGAGCCAGUGAUGAUCUCCUUAUUGCUUUCACUGGUGAGUCCAAUGCUCAACCACCUCCUGGUCAUGAGCCAUUGGUACCUUGGAUGGUUCCUCUUGUACCGGUUCCACAACCAACAUCAUCACCUUUUGCUGGCAUGAAUAUUCCACAGUUAAAUCUCCCAUUGGCUUAUAUUGAAGCAGUCAGGCAACAACAAGCCGUUUCUUCUACCGCUGGAACUGCCACCAACACUGCUGUUAAUAAGGAUGCAAAUAAGAAAAAAUCAGCCUUUGAAGAUCUCGAUUUUGCCAUGCGAUCGCAAAUGCUGAAAGGAAAGGAGGAACAACCAGUUAAAGCAGCAUCCCGUGGAUUAGCCACUGGAAUUGGUAACUUUAGUUAGUCUGUUUGUAAUUUAGACAACAAAUACAAAAUCAACGGUUUAAAGUUUUAAUUAGGUACAAAUCGCAAACUACUGGAAAUUGGACAUGCUUUAACUGAUAUGAUUUUCGUUAUAUUAAUUUACAAACACAAAACACAAAGCUAAAUUAACAUAUAAUAGACAUUGUCAAAUAAAAAAAAACAAGUGUUGAAAUCAGUUUUUUGAUUCAAUAAAAUUAAUCUGCGUACGUUGUUUAA